CGUCAAGUGACGCAACUUGCGCCAUGUUCUUUACAAACACUGUGCAAUCGAAUUUACCACACUGCUUGAAGCCUCACCUUAGGAGGAAUUGUAACUAUUAUCCUGUUGUGACAAAUCGCAAAUAUGGUCCAGGUUCGAACUUACACGAUCCCACCUACCAAGCUUAUGCCCAAUUCACCCCAUCUCCUCAUUCACUAUCCAAAGUUACUUCUUUCGGAAGUUAGCGCUAAGGACUUCAAUCCUACCACCAUCUACGAUCUAUUCGCCAGCAAUGGCUGGCAGUCACAAUGGAUAGCUCGCUACGGGCGUACACAACUAUCUCAUUACCACUCUGCAGCACACGAAUGCAUGGCCGUGAUAUCUGGCAACGGAGCAACGCUUCGAUUCGGAGUUGCAGAUACCACCUCCGAUGAAGAAGAACAUACCCACGGCCAUGGUUACGAGGACGGCGCGAUAGAAGUGCAGGCAUCUUUAGGCGAUGUUUUCAUCCUGCCCGCGGGUGUAGCACAUAAAACAUACGCCCCGCGACCGGACGCUGAAACUCUCAAAUUCCAUGAAUCCAAGGAAGACGACGGGACUUUGAUCAAAGAUACUCGAAAAGCAAGGAAGUUCUUCGAAGGGAUUGCUAUCGAGGGCGAGUUUAUGAUGAUGGGUGCGUAUCCGGUGGGAAACGAAUGGGACUUUCGGGUUGGUGGCGAUCAUGAAGGAAGGUAUCGAGAAGUGUGGAGGGUCCCCAAACCCAAACGCGACCCAGUUCUGGGCCAGAGCAAGGAUGGGCUUGUUGGAAUUUGGAAAGAGAGUCCAAAUACAAAUUCCUCAAGUAAGCUUUGAGAGCGAAGGGGUUUGUUGCUAUAGCGAGCGAGUAGGGUUCUAUUGUCGUUGGAAAGGCUUGCAUAUCGGAGGUAAUACGACUGCAUUCUCGUUAAUAACGACAAACUACCAUACUAAUUAACUUUUUUUAUAUACAUGGCAUAAGUUCUUCUUGAGGGGAUGGCUCAAAUUC